UCCUUACUUUUGGCUUUCAGUGGUCAGACUGGACGUGUUGGUGUGUAUUUUAGGUUCUUCACCCCAAGCUGACCCCUGUAGGGGUUAAACUGGGGAGAGAUGAACACGGCCGGCCAGAUUCGUCUCCUACUCUGGAAAAACUGGACGCUCCGCAAGAGACAGAAGAUUCGGUUUGUGGUGGAGAUUCUUUGGCCGGUGCUCCUGUUCGCGGGUCUCGUUUGGCUGAGGAGAGCGAACCCUCUUUACCGCCAGCACCAAUGUCAUUUUCCCAACAAGGCCUUGCCUUCUGCUGGAAUUCUGCCGUGGAUCCAGGGAAUUUUCUGCAAUGCCAACAAUCCCUGCUUCCGUUACCCAACUCCAGCGGAGUCUCCAGGGGUCGUCUCCAACUACAACAACUCCAUCCUGGCGCGGUUCUACGCUGACUCUCAGGAGCUGCUUUUUAAAGACCCUGAGUUCCAGCAGCUUGGCCGAUUGUGGCAGGAGGCGUCCACCCUCAGCAGCUUCAUGGACACUCUGAGGAAAGACCCGGGACGGGUAGCAGGGCGAGGGCUGAAGGUGGAGGACAUUCUGAAAGACGAUGAGACUCUGACCUCGUUUUUGCUGCGUGACGCCGGCCUGUCCGACUCCUUGGUGCAUCAGCUCACUAAAGCACUGGUGCGGGUGGAACAGUUUGCGUAUGGUGUUCCGGAUCUUUCUCUGAAGGAGAUAGCGUGCAGCCAGGCCCUGCUAGAGCGCUUCAUCAUCUUCCCCAACCGCCGCGGCCCGUACGCCGUCCGAAACGCAAUGUGUGCCCUCUCCCAGCAGAAGCUGCAGGACAUUGAGGACAAACUCUACGCUAACGUGGACUUCUUCAAACUCUUCAAACUGCUGCCGAUGGUGUUGGACAGUCACUCCUCUGGGAUUGAUCUGCACUUCUGGGGUCGUGUGCUGACCGCCGUGUCUGAAAAGCUGCAGGAGCUCCUGAGCAGGCAGAGCUCCAGGGACCUGCUGAGGGUACUGGUUCCUGUGUUUCAGGAAGGGGGUCCCUCCUCCUUCAGCCAGCUCACAUCAAUCGUCUCCGGUCUAUUCUGCGGAUACCCAGACGGCGGGGGCUCACAGGUUUUGUCCUUUAACUGGUAUGAAGACAACAACUACAAAGCUUUCCUGGGCAUCAACACGUCCAGGAGCCACGAGAGCUACGUUUACGACAAAAGCACCACUCCUUUCUGUAAUACUCUGAUGCAGAAUCUGGAGUCGAACCCUGUAACUAAGAUCGUGUGGAGUUCAGUGAAGCCUCUGCUGAUGGGAAAGAUCCUCUACACCCCCGACUCCCCCGCUGUGCACAAGAUACUGAAGAGUGCCAACACCACCUUCGAGGAGCUGGAGCGGCUGAUGAACAUCCUGAAGGUGUGGGAGGAGGUCGGCCCUCAGCUGUGGCAGUUCUUCCAGGACAGCGUGCAGAUGAACAUGAUCCGGGACACCCUGAGGAACCCCACGGUGAUGGACUUCCUGGACCAGCGUCUCGAGGGCAGUCAGUUCAACACCAAACACAUCCUCAACUUUCUCCACAACGGCUGUGAUAAGGAACGCUACGAGAACAUGCCCAGGUUUGACUGGAGGAACGUUUUCAACCUCACCGACCAGGUCGUCCGCAUGUUCAUCCAGUACAGUGAGUGUAUAAACCUGGAUAAGUUUGUGGGCCACAUGGAUGAAGACCAGCUAAGCCACCAGGCUCUGUAUCUGCUGGAGGAGAAUAAGUUCUGGGCCGGGCUUGUGUUUAUGGAUAUGUACCCCUGGACCACGGCGCUGCCCAAACACAUCAGAUACAAAAUCCGCAUGGACAUCGACGCAGUGGAGCGCACCAACAAAAUCAAAGACAGGUACUGGGACCCCGGCCCCCGAGCCGACCCCAUGGAGGACCUGCGCUACAUCUGGGGCGGAUUCGCGUACCUGCAGGACAUGAUAGAGCACGGCGUCCUGAAGCUGCAGACGGGUCAGGACUGGCCCAUGGGUGUUUAUGUCCAGCAGAUGCCCUACCCCUGCUACGUAGAUGACAUGUUCAUGUUGACCCUUAACCGCUGCUUCCCCAUCUUCAUGGUGCUGGCCUGGAUCUACUCUGUGUCUAUGAUGGUGAAGAGCAUAGUGCUGGAGAAGGAGAUGAGGCUGAAGGAGACACUGAAGGCCAUGGGGGUCACUAACGGGGUCAUCUGGUACACCUGGUUCAUCGACAGCUUCAUCAUGAUGACCAUCAGCACCGUUCUGCUCACCGGCAUUGUCAUGACUGGAAAGGUGCUGAACUACAGCAACCCCAUCAUCCUCUUCCUCUUCCUGCUAACCUUCUCCACGGCCACCAUCAUGCAGAGCUUCUUGAUGAGUGUGUUCUUCAACAAGGCCAACUUGGCUGCUGCUUGCAGCGGCAUCAUCUACUUCACUCUGUAUCUGCCUCACAUCCUGUGCUUCGCCUGGCAGGACCGCAUCACCAAAAACAUGAAGCUCGCAGUGAGCUUGCUGUCUCCAGUGGCGUUUGGCUUUGGGACGGAGUACCUGUCCCGCUAUGAGGAGCAGGGCCUGGGGCUGCAGUGGGACAACAUCGGCACCAGCCCACUAGAGGGCGACGAGUACUCUUUCCUCAACUCCAUCCGCAUGAUGCUCUUCGACUCGUUUCUCUAUGCUGUUCUAGCCUGGUAUCUAGAUAAUGUUUUCCCAGGCCAGUAUGGGAUUGGUCGUCCGUUCUACUUCCCUCUCCAGCCGUCCUACUGGCAGAGCCCAGAGCGCCCCCACUCAGACAUGGCUGAUCCAGCGGCGAAUGUGGAGAACGUGGAGAAGGUAGAGCAGAAGGAGGACAGAGAAAGCCCUGCGGUGGAGCCUGACUGUAACGGCUCCCGCAAACAGUGCAAGCACCAGGACAGACGCCAGAGGCUGGAGAGAGAGAAAGAGGAGCAGCUGAAGAGAGAGGGAGAUGCUCCUCCCCCGGAUGAAGAAAUGGCAGAGCUGACAGGAAAUCUGUUCUUCGAGCCUGAGCCAGAGGGGCUGUUGGUGGGAGUGUCGGUGAAGGAUCUUGUAAAGGUUUAUCCUGGAAGCGCAAAGCCAGCUGUGAACUGCCUCAACAUCACCUUCUAUGAAGGCCAAAUCACAUCUUUCCUCGGCCACAACGGAGCAGGAAAGACGACCACACUGUCCAUCCUUACUGGCUUGUUUCCACCAACAUCAGGAACGGCUUACGUCAAUGGAAAAGACAUUCGGACGGAUAUGGAUGCUAUACGGCAGUCUCUGGGCAUGUGCCCCCAGUACAACAUCCUGUUCAACCAUCUGACCGUGGAGGAGCACAUCCUCUUCUACUCGCUGCUGAAGGGUCGAGAGCAAAAGGAAGCUGAACAGGAAGUGGAGGACAUGCUGGAGGACCUGGGCUUACCCAACAAGAGAGAUGAUGAGGCACAGAACCUUUCUGGGGGAAUGCAGAGGAAGUUGUCUGUUGCCAUGGCGUUUGUUGGGGGAUCUAAGGUGGUGAUUCUGGACGAGCCAACCUCCGGAGUGGACCCGUAUUCCAGACGCUCCAUCUGGGACCUGCUCCUCAAAUACCGCACAGGGCGAACCGUCAUCCUGUCCACCCACCACAUGGAUGAAGCUGACCUGCUGAGUGACCGGGUGGCCAUCAUCUCUAAAGGUCAGCUCCACUGCUGCGGCUCCCCUCUGUUCCUGAAGAACUGCUUUGGCGUUGGGUUCUACCUCACGUUGGUGCGCCGCAUCAAGGAUCUGCGCAAGAAAGAGAACGAGUGCGACUGCGCCUCAGAGUGCUCCUGCACAUGCUCCACCUGCACCAAGUACAAGGAGGAAUGUCAGGGACAGUACUUCGAGAGAGCGCUGGACGGCGAUGUGGAAAGCAUCACCAGUCUGAUCCAUCACCACGUCCCUGAGGCUAAGCUGAUAGAGAUGAUCGGUCAGGAGAUGACCUACCUGCUGCCCAAUAAGGGCUUCAAGUACCGCUCCUAUGCCAGUCUGUUCAGAGAGCUGGAGGAAACGCUGGGGGACAUUGGCCUCAGCAGCUUCGGCAUUUCAGACACCUCACUGGAGGAGAUCUUCCUGAAGGUCACUGCAGAUGGAGAAGCAGCAAAUGGUGCCGUCAACCCAGAGCAGUGGAUGCUGAAGCAGAGGAGAAAUGGCAGGGAGCCCAAUGUUAAUGCUAAUGCUGUGGAGAACGGUGUGGGAAAGCAUGAGGAAUCAGACAGCAGUGCAGGAAAAGCCUCCAGGCAGGUGAAAGGCUUCAGUCUGGUCCUCAAGCAGUUCCGUGCCCUGCUGGUGAAGAGGUUUCACCACGCCACACGCAGCCACAAGGACUUCCUUGCUCAGAUUGUUUUGCCGGCCAGUUUUGUGUUGAUAGCUCUGAUCUUCACCCUGAUCGUUCCUCCGUUUGGAGAGUACCCGAGUCUGACCCUCAGCCCGUGGAUGUACGGUCAGCAGUUCACCUUCAUCAGCAACGAGCGGCCGGACCAUCCAAAGAUGAACCACUUCGUCCACAUGAUGCUCCGAGAGCCGGGCAUGGGGACUCGAUGCAUGGUGGACCAGCCGUUAGAGAAUCUGCCGUGUAGCAACAUCACAACAGACUGGGCAGAUCCUCCGGUGUCUCCUGUGGUCAGUAACAUCUUGCUGAGCCCUGAGUGGACAGAAAGGAACCCCUCCCCUUCCUGCCAGUGCAGCACCGAAAAGAAGCUCAUCAUGUUGCCGGUCUGUCCAAUUGGAGCAGGGGGACUGCCCCCACGCCAGAGAAAAGAGGCAACUGGGGACAUUUUGCUUGACCUAACGGACAGAAACAUCUCCGACUAUCUGGUAAAGACGUAUCCCAGUCUCAUCAGGACCAGCUUGAAGAGCAAAUACUGGGUGAAUGAACAGAGGUACGGUGGGCUCUCUGUGGGGGGGCAGCUGCCUAUACUGGACGUGGAUCCUAAACAAAUCCAGAAUGUUCUGUCUCAGAUUGGGCAGAUGAUGAACAUCACAGGGGGCUCUCGCUCCAAGCUUGCAGUCAGAGAACUAGGACCUUUCCUGCGCUACAUGGAGAGUGAAUAUAAUGUCAAGGUGUGGUUUAACAAUAAAGGCUGGCAUGCCAUGGUCUCCUUCAUGAACAUAGCGAACAACGCCAUCCUUCGAGCCAACCUUCCACAUCACGCCAACCCGUCUGAAUACGGCAUCACCGCCAUCAAUCACCCGCUCAACCUCACCAAAGAGCAGCUCUCUGAGGUCACUGUAUUGACCACAUCUGUGGACGCAGUGGUGGCCAUCUGUGUAAUCUUCGCCAUGUCCUUCAUCCCAGCCAGCUUCGUCCUCUACCUCAUCCAGGAGCGCGUCACGAAGGCCAAACACCUGCAGUUCGUCAGUGGGGUCAGCCCGCUGGUCUACUGGGUGGCCAAUUUCUUCUGGGACAUGUUGAAUUACUCCAUCAGCACUGCUAUGGUUGUGGGCAUCUUUGUUGGCUUUGACAAGAAAUGCUACACGUCCCCGACUAACCUCCCAGCUCUAGUGGCUCUGCUCUGUUUAUACGGGUGGUCCGUCACCCCUAUGAUGUACCCCAUGUCCUACAUCUUCAGCAUCCCCAGCACUGCAUACGUCUCCCUGUCCUGCAUCAACCUGUUCAUUGGCAUCAACAGCAGUGCAAUCACGUUCAUCCUGGAGCUGUUUGAAAACAACAGGUCUCUCCUGAUGUUUAACGAGGGAUUGAAGAAGGUGCUGCUGAUUUUUCCCCACUUCUGUCUGGGCCGAGGCCUCAUCGACCUGGCCAUGAACCAGGCAGUGACCGACGUCUACGCCCGAUUCGGGGAGGAAUACACUGUGGACCCGUUCAGGUGGGACUUCGUGGGGAAGUACCUGGCCUGUAUGGCUGUGGAGGGUUUUGUCUACUUCAUCCUGAAUCUCCUCAUCCAGUACAGAUUCUUCCUCGAUCACUGGUUAUCUGGCUACAGCAGCAUUCCUGUUCAUGAUGAAGAUGAUGAUGUAGCUCAGGAGAGGCAGCGGAUCUACAGCGGAGGCAGCAAAAACGACAUCCUGCACAUAAGAGACCUGUCAAAGACGUAUGUGGGCAGGAAGAGGCCAGCAGUGGACAGAAUCUGUGUGGGGGUUCCAGCUGGGGAGUGCUUUGGGCUCCUCGGUGUGAACGGAGCUGGAAAAACUACUACUUUCAAAAUGCUGACUGGAGAUACAGACGUCACCUCCGGCGAGGCUUCAGUGGCUGGUUACAGUAUCCUUACCAAUAUCCUGGAUGUACAUCAGAACAUGGGCUACUGUCCCCAGUUUGACGCUAUCGAUGAGCUGCUGACAGGCCGAGAGCAUCUCUACCUGUAUGCUCGCCUCCGCGGAGUCCCUGAGAGAGAGAUCAGCCGAGUGGCAGAGUGGGGCAUUCAGAAGCUGGGCCUGUCGGAGUACGCUGGCCGGUGUGCUGGUACCUACAGCGGGGGCAACAAGAGGAAGCUCUCCACAGCCAUAGCCAUGAUCGGCUGCCCACCUCUGGUCCUGCUGGACGAGCCCACCACAGGCAUGGACCCCCACUCUCGCCGCUUCCUGUGGAACGCUAUUAUGAGCAUCAUCCGGGACGGGAGGGCAGUAGUUCUGACCUCUCACAGUAUGGAGGAAUGUGAGGCUUUAUGCACCCGUCUGGCCAUCAUGGUCAACGGGACUUUCAAGUGUCUCGGCACCAUUCAGCACCUCAAAUACAAGUUUGGCGAUGGUUACGUGGUGACAAUGAAGAUCCGAGCAGCCAAAGCAGGGUUGUCUCCUGACCUGGGUCCAGCCGAGGCAUUUAUGGACAGCAGUUUUCCGGGCUGCGUCCAGCGGGAGAAGCACUACAACACUCUGCAGUACGAGAUCGCAGCCUCGUCCCUCGCUCGCGUCUUCCAGCUAGUGGCAGCCAACAAGGAGAAGCUGAACGUCGAGGACUACUCUGUGUCUCAGACAACGCUGGACCAGGUGUUUGUGAACUUUGCCAAGCAGCAGUCGGGUGAGGAUGAUGACGUAGUUCUUCAUCCCAGGGCAGCUGGAGCGCGGAGAGAGAUGAAGAUUUCUCCUCUCACAGCAACCUCGAAAAACGGCAGAUAACAGCAGCGCCAGAGCAGAACCUCACAGAAAUAUCAGAACAUACUGACCACGUUAGUAAAGCUGCUG